AUGGAUGGAGAUAUCCACAUGGAGGAGCAAGACCCCGAUGGUGAAGACGCUGCAGGGAGGAAAGAGAAAGGAAACAAGAAUUUAGACAGGGAAGGGGAACAAAACGAGACCAGGAAGCAGCGAGAGGAGAAAGGAACUUUUAAAUCUCCUAUAUCCUACAAGGAGAAACUAAUGGGAGGCGAGACACAGCACUGUGAAGACAAAGACCUUGAUGGACUGAUGAUACAAUGGUUGAGAGAGGAAGAGGAAUUAGCCCCUCUACUGAUAGAAGCAGAAAAGGAACUCUUAGGAAGCCUACCUAGACUCAAUAUCAGCGAUGAGAGACUGAAAGAGCUGUGCAGACCCUGGAAAAAUGCUCUAAUUCUAACCGUGUUAGGCAAGACAACAAGCCUGCAGGUAAUGAAAGACAGAGUAGGAUGGCUACCGAGAACAAACAAAUUCAAACUCAUUGAUCUUCCAAACAAUUAUUUUGUGUUUCGCACUGAUAAUCUAGAACUAAAUCGAAGAUUGCUAUUCGAUGGACCCUGGCUUAUUCAAGGGCAUUAUUUGGUAGUGCAACGUUGGAGUCCUAACUUCAACCCCUACUGCAAUAGGGUUCACAAAGUUGCUAUUUGGGUAAGAGUCCCUACAUUACUGAUGCACAUGUAUUCGGAGGAGUGCAUGUGGGAGCGGGGUAAUCUGAUCAGAAAGUCGCUGAAAGUGGAUAUGAACACCUUAGCGUAG